AUGGAUCAAAUCGAACAAUUCUAUAAUUACACGGAUCGAAACCCUCUUCGCCAAAUACUAGAUCAGUAUAGAGUUAAUCCUAAUUUUCAAGCUGGAUCUAUGCUAGAAAUCGACUACUUAUUAACUGACUUCCAGUAUUACAUCUUGCGAUACCUUAGAUCCACAGAAAACCACUACGUUACAGUUUUAAGAACAAAUAUAAUCAAUCUUCAACCUAAGAUAUUUAAUGGUGAAGUUUUUAACUUGGAUUUUGCACAACUGAGAUACUUGAUCAAUUUUGAAAGCGAUCGUCAAAUUUGGUCUCAUGUUAAUCUAAUUGCCGAUCGACUCACCCGGAUAGCUCCUCCAAUACUUCCAGACUUACAAAUCCCUAUGACUCAGGAGACGAGAUCGAUGACAACUCUAUUGCGGAACGUCGCAGAACAACCAGAUUAUGAUAGUACCAGAGAAGCCCUUCAAGAAGCACUCAGGGCCGAGCUUACACACGAUACUUAUAAAUCUGUCGAUAAAUUCUGGGAGAGAUAUCGCGACAUGAGUCAAUGUGGAAAUGACCACGUAUUCAGUGACAAUAUGGGUGAUCAAGCAAUGAAAGAUUGGUUCGAAGCUUUCCACAGGAUAUACUUGGAACCAUACAAAGUCCAACCAACAAAUCGCAACGAGCUUCCUACGGCUAGAAACCCUAGCGAGUUUGUGCGCGGAAAAUUUACUUCUACUUCUACUGCAAUUCAGAUGGAUGGUAGUCGACGUAAUCGGCAAGUGGAUGUCUUUGUUGAGCAUUGCGACAACCCUGAUGGAUGGGGUCAUCACUGGAGAGACGUGUGGGUAGUGGGCGAGUUCACGAAGGCGGCAGACAAAAAGGGGGUCAAAUUCCGCCAGCUCAUGCUGUAUGUGCGUGAAGUAUUCUAUGCGCAGCCAUUGCGUCGAUUCGUCCAUGGAUUUGUCUUGCACAAAAAGCACAUCGUUUUCUGGAUUAUCGACAGGUCAGGAGCGUAUAGCUCUAGUGAAAUUAACGUGAUCAAUGACCAAGAAAAGUUGGUCAGGGCCCUAACGGCUUACACGAUCAUGAGUGACGAAGAGCUUGGUCUUGACACGACUAUCUGUCGUUAUAACGAACGCUCCUUCGUCCAAAUUCGAUAUGACAAUUUGGCGCCAGAAAGAUGGGUCGAGAUCAACCCUGAACCAGUAACCCGACCUGAGACUGUGCUGUCACGUGGUAACCUCUGCUACCAGACAAUGGACAUGAAAUACUUGAUCAAGUUUUCAUGGGGCUCGGGCGCGGAACAGUCUGAGGUUGAUUUCUUGAACGCCGCACGAGCGGUAAUAGGUGUAGUUGAUCUUGAAUGGGCCGAGCGCAUAUAUCAGGUUGAGACUCACCGCAAGGGACUAGACUUUUCAACCGGAACAAGGUGGGACAUAGGAGUGAAGAAUUGGCUUUCCGUUGGCAUAGAGUACGAACCAGCCGAAUAUUUCAAGAAACGAAAACUCACUCUUGCCGUCAUCUCUCCUUACGGUCGACCUUUGAAGACCUGCUCUACGGUCCGGGAGUUCUUAAGCGGCUUGCUUGAUGCCAUACUUGGGCAUCGCGGCUUAUAUCUUUUUGCUGGUAUUCUUCACGGCGACAUAUCAGAAAGCAAUAUUAUUUUGACGAUGCCAGAUGAAUUUGGAUUCAUUCAUGGAAAGCUUAUAGACCUAGAUAUGUCCACGUAUGUUGCGGGAUAUAAUGAGACAAAAAGUUUAACUGGAACCAUGAAAUUCAUGGCUAUAAAGGUUUUGCAAAAUAUUGCUCUAAAGUCCGGAACAAUGACGAAGACCUACCGUCACGAUCUCGAGUCGUUUUUUUACGUCUUUCUCGUGGGAUGUGUCUGUUACGGAUGUGAUCCGGCAGCGGUCAAAGACCACUUCAACCAUUGGUGUUUAUCUUCCCCUAUUUUAAACCAAGGAGCGAAGAUGGCAGACGUUGGACUCAAUUUUCAGAUUAGAAUUAUCGACAACUUUUCGCCUUGUUUCCAUGGAAUCAAAGAAUUGGCAUUAGAGUUGCGUCAAAUAUUAUUUGGAAUAAAUGGUAAUUUUUAUGACACACCCAGAGACAUCUCAAUACUCUACGACCCCAUAAUCACCGCUUUCCUUAAAACCAUCAAAAAAAUUGACGAUGGAAUCAUCAGAAACGAGACUAUCACACCAAGAAGAUGA